UGGCAGCAGUACGCAGGCCUGCCCGACUGUCUCAGCCGCCUGGUCAGCCUGGCGAAGUGCUUCAUGCUCUUCCAGUACCUGACUGUGGGGGUCGGCGCCGCUGCGCGCGUCUACGAGCAGGUGUUUGCAGGGCUCAGGGGCUCCGUCUCCGCCGAGGGUGCCGGCCUGGAGGGCGCCCUGGAGGCCGUCGCCCUGAUGCACACCAGCCUGCUCAGGUUCCACGGCCGGGUUGCCGCCUACCCGCUGGCUCCCCUGCGAGAGGCGCUCUCAGAGGCUUUACGGUUGUACCCGGGCAACCAGCUUCUCUGGAGGUCGUACGUGCAGAUUCAGAGCAAGUCCCACAGCGCCAGCAGGACCAGAAGAUUCUUCCAUGCCGUCACCAGGUCCGCCAAACACCUGGAGCCGUGGCUGUUCGCGAUUGAGGCGGAGAGAAUGAGGAAGAGACUGGUGGACGCCGUGCAGAGGGUGGACGGCAGAGAGGUCCACGCCACCCUUCCCGAGAUCGGCCUGACGCACCGGAUCAGAGCCCUGUUUGAGAGCACCAUUCGGAGCGCCCACGGCAGCCAGUGCCCCUUGCUGUGGAGGAUGUACCUGAACUUCCUGGUUUCCUUAGGAAAUAAAGAAAGAAGCAAAGGUGUGUUCUACAAAGCACUGCAGAACUGUCCUUGGGCAAAGGCGCUGUACAUGGACGCCGUGGAGUACUUCCCCGACGAGAUGCAGGAGGUCGUGGACCUGAUGACGGAGAAGGAGCUGCGGGUGCGCCUGCCGCUGGAGGAGCUGGAGCUGCUGCUGGAGGACUAGACGCCGGGUGGGGCCCGCCCUGGGGGCCGGGACCAGCCCCAAGACACGGGCAUGCGUGUGCCCAGACCUCUGCCCUGCAGGGUCUUCCCUGUCAGUGUCUGGGCUGCCAGUCUCACCUCUUGCACAGUUUUUGCACAUGUAGAUGACACAAAGCUGUUGUUUUGCACAUACGUGUGAAUAUGUAUGUACACAGACAAGAAUCACGCCAAAGCUGUCACGCUCCGUGUGGGUCCUUUUGGCCCACUCUCCCCUGCCCAGCCCGGGUGAAGGUUCUUCCUGUUGGCAUCCUUAGGGAUCCUGCCACGUCUCCUGGCUCUUGCAAUCGAAAGAAAGGUCUGGUUACUCACCAGGCCUUCCUCCCUGCAGCUGGUGAGCCUGCUCUGCCCCUCUUCAGACCAAAGCAGCAGGGAAUCGGGUACAGCUCGGAGUCCUCAGCUGCACCACGCAUGUCCUUCCUGUUCCCGAAGCUCCGCUCGCAGACCUCUCGCCUGCGGACUCGGCGGGCAGGGUCGCCUGGAGUUCGUGCCCGUGGAGACCCUGGGCCCGCGGCCCUGCCGAGUCAGAUCAGGCUCCAAGAGGGAGGACCCCUGUCGGGACUGAACAAACAGGGACCCCGCUGCAAGGGAGCGGGCCCGGGUCCAGUUGCAGAGAGCGCGUCCUGCUCCUCCGUGGCGAACCCGUCUCUGCCUCAGAGAUGCCGAACGUUCGCUUCCGGCCGCGUCAGCCGCGCUGCGCUCGUUCCUAUUUCCAAGAGCGGUGAUCGACAGCCGGCGGAGCGGAAAUGCUGUCUUCUCCGAGGUCCUGCUUUUUUAAACACAGUGGACUUCUCUGCGUUGCGUUUCUUUUUUUUUUUUUUUUGGACACUUUGGGUAUUAUACACCCAUCUUACCAUGGAAUUGUUAGGGGAAGACAUUUUUUUUUUUCCCCAUUUAUUUUUAUUAGUUGGAGGAUAAUUACUUUACAUCAUUGCAGUAGUUUU